ACAGGCACGGGCAAUUAUCCGGCUCCCUGGUUCAGACAACUAGACAAGACCCCUGACGUGAUCGAACCCCAACGGGAAACUCCAGAAAACCGCGAGAAAACGGAAAGAAAAGGAGUCCCCCGCUUUCCAUUUCGAUUCCAGAUUUUCCCGGAAAAUUCAAACACACCGCCAGAACAAAAUAGCACGGCAGUCGCUCCGCUUCAGUGCCUCCGUCGCGGUCGAUCGCCAUGAACGCUCCUCCUCCUCCUCCUUCCUCUCCUUCUGCUCCGCCUUCGCUGUUCGUGCCGCUUCCUCUCCCCGUCGAGGACGCGAUACGCCGAAUCUGCAGUGACCAGAACCAGCCUCCCCCGAACGCGCGGACUCGGAGGAAGCUCGCCGCGCUCGGCGAGGAGGCCGCGCUCCAGGUCCUGAGGGCGACCGCGGCGAGGAAAAUCAAGUGGUCCAUCGACGGUCUGAUCUGCCACAUUAUCGAAAACGGCGUCGGCUCUCCUCUCUCGCCGUCUCCCUCGAAGACCGCUCGCAUGUCCCUGAGUGAUCAAAGCCCGGCCCGUUCGCCUGUGAUGAACUCGCGCGACAAUGGAUUUGCAAGCUCUCCUGUGCGAGAUCAACAGAUUGGAAGUCGGAGACGCCUUCCAAUUUGGGAAACUGGGAGUGGACCAGCAGUUAGUCCCCACAUGAAGGCAUUAAGCGAACUGGAGUUUAGAAAAGCAUUUCUCAUUCUAAACUACAUUGGGGAAGGCAAUCUUGAAGAUGCCAUAGACAGUGAUACGAUUCGACGGCUGAAAGAUCUCAGAAUGUUCGAAUUUGAGGCAGCAGUCUGGAAUGCCAUCGGACAGUAUCGUGUCAAGAAAGAUGACCGUUGUCUGUAUGUUGACUGGGCUUGUGAAAGGACGCAUUUCUACCAUUGUCAUGUUUCACCUCAGGGGUGUUAUCGUUUUAAAGGACCUUACCUUGAUAAGACAAGAACACUUCUGCAAAAGGCAUUAGGAGAUGAAAAUGUUCUCCUUGUCAAGUUGGCAGACAAGAAUACGGAUGAUACUGAUACUAUGUAUAAAAAGAUUGCAAAGGAAGGGAUUCCUGUUGGUUUGCGUCGAUACAAGUUCUUUGUGUUUAAGGAUGGAGGCAAAGAAGAGAAAAAGAGAGACCCUACUACAUCACCUGUAAAGUGUUACUUUGUUUGCAUGGAGUGCGAGGCACUUAAAGAAAAGAAAACAGUACAUGAAGCGAGAUGCUUCUUCAUGCAUGCACAUACAGUGUCCAGCAUAUCCCGCUACAUGAUACGGUUGUCUCUUAUCUUGUCCAAGACUAUUAGCUUGGAAGUUGACUGGAAUCGUGUUACGAUUGAGAGAAUUGAGGACAAGGAUUGCAAGAAUAAAGAGGGAAAUUGCAUCUAUGAUAAGAAGGGAAAACCACUUAUACAUACUGAUGGGACUGGAUUUGUAUCCGAGGACAUAGCUUUGAAGUGUGUUGGAAAUAUUUUCAAGGGAAGAGGUGUGAUUGCUUCUGCUUUUAAGAGAUUUGCUGGCUGCGGUGAUGAUGAGCAGAUACCUAGGGAGAGCAUUUGUGAACCGCCUUUGCUGAUCCAAUGCCGUCUAUUCAAUGAUGGUAGAGCUGUCAAGGGAACUCUUCUCCUCAAUAAGCAACUCCCUCCUCAUACAAUUCAUAUUCGACCGUCGAUGAUCAAGGUUGAAAAGGACCCGGAGCUUUCAGAUAUCAGGACUGUCAAUGCGCUCGAAAUAGUACAUACAAGUAAUAAACCAAAGCCUGCAUAUCUUUCAAAGUUUUUGAUUGCACUUUUAAGCUAUGGCGGGGUCCCUAAUGAAUUUCUUUUGGACAUGGUGGAAUGUGCUCUGGGAGAUGCAAAUAGUGUCUUCUCUAGUAAACGAGCAGCUCUAAGAGUUUCGGUGAAUCAUGGUGAGAAGGAUGGUUUCACCGCAGCGAAUGAUCUUAUCUCGGGAUUCCUCUCGGACGAAACAUACCUACGUAAUCGUCCGUCCAGCCUGAUGAACGAUGAAAAGAAGAGUUUGAAAGGAGGAAGGAUUCCUAUUCCGGAUUCUUACUAUCUAAUGGGGACAGCCGAUCCCACAGUUCUUAAAAGUGAUGAAGUUUGUAUUAUCCCUGAUAGUGGACAAAUUUCAGGGAAGGUAUUAGUAUACCGCUAUCCUGGUUUGCACUUCGGAGAUAUUCAUCUUUUGAACGCUACAUAUGUGGAAGCUCUGGAAACAAAAGUUGGAAAUUCAAAGUAUGCUAUAUUUUUCCCUACUAGUGGACCACGCUCCUUGGCCGAUGAAAUAGCUGGUGGGGAUUUUGAUGGGGAUAUGUAUUGGGUUUCACGGAACCCUCAGCUGUUGAAGUACUUCACACCGAGCCAGCCAUGGGUAUCUGCUUCUGCAGCACAAGAUAUGAACUGCAAGAAGCCAAUUGACUUGUCUUUUGAGGAGUUGGAAGAUGAGCUGAUUGAUUUAUGGUUGAACACUAGAUUUAACCCAAGUUACACAGUUGGUGUUGCAGCUGAUAGUUGGCAGGCAUUGAUGGAUCGUUUUCUAACACUUGGUAGUGAUCAAGUUGAUGAAAAACAUCGGGUGGAGAGAAACCUUUGUCAGUUGAUUGACAUAUAUUAUGAUGCCAUAGAUGCUCCUAAGAAUAGUGGACUCAAGAUUGAAGUUCCCAAGUCUUUAAAGGCAGAAACUUUCCCACAUUACAUGGGAAAGGAUAAAUCCAUGUCCUUUCACUCCAAUUCUAUCCUUGGAGUGAUUUUUGAUAAGGUAGAAUCAUACCAGGCAGAUAUUCCGACUGGCAAAGUAUGGGAAUGGGAUAACGCUCAUUCAAACUGGCUGCUCUCACUUGGCUCUUCAUACAAUAUGAAGCCUGGUGAUAUUUUGAUUAUGCAAGGAUUUGGAAGCUCCCUUUUUGAUGUGGAAACCCCGAGGGACUGCCGAAUGGAGUGGGAAAGACGUUACACGGAAUAUAGAAGGGAGAUGGUGGCUGCUUUAGGGGAAGGUGCAGAAGGCAAGAAUUCUUCCGCCUACAACGUUAUAAACAAAUAUAAACAGUUGCUAUAUGGUGCACCGGAGUUUGAAGAGAGCCCGAGGAAGGAGGAAGAUAUUUUUAACGAGGCUCUUGCAAUCUAUAACAUUACAUAUGACUAUGCGAUGCGAUGGAAUGACGUCAGCAAAUGCGGAUUUGCUUGGAGAGUGGCGGGUCCUGCACUCUGCCGGAUUUAUGCCAUUAAGCAGGAGCAGAAGUUAAUUGUCUGCCUGCCCUCAGUUCUAAAAGAAAUCUUCAGUUGAAACCUAACAUUGGCGCGGACAGAUGUUGUAAAUCCGAGCUACGGGUGUAUAAUUAGUUUGUCGGUUGCCUCGUCGGUGGAGAAAAAGUGCUGUGAGAACCGCGGAAAUUGUUUGUGACAUGCAUCAUGUACGUACGUACGUGUUAGGAUUAUUAGAUGUAUUACAGUGCAUAAUCCAUUUCGAAAGAAUUGAACAAGGAGCUGUAUGAGGUGAAAAUCUCAUGUACCAUUUUGUAGAGCGGCAUUAAGGGUGACUUAUUUGUCAAUUCUAACCAAACUGUCUUAUGUAAAGUUACUAGUGUAAGAUUAAUGUCUUGAUUUGAAAUCACUACUUGUAUGGUCUUAGUGAGAGGGGGAAGGGUUAAGGGGAGUCUAUGUAAUUGUCAUGCAACGGAACUUGGUUUGGCUUUAGCAUAAAUAUAAUUAUUUAUCUAUCUUA